UCCCGUGCCGUCGUCGUCCUUGCCUCGCCGUCGUCCUCCGGCGAAUCGCUGCGGCCAUGGCGGCCCCCCCGCCGCUUGUGCCGACUCCGCCCGCGAGCCUCAAUCUGCGGGGCGCAGACGCCGCCGCCGGACCCCGCGCGCCCAAGCUCCACCGCCCCCUGGAGCCUCCGCGUCCGGCCGCGCAGGGGGGCCUCCACAGGCAUGCCUCCCAGUCCCUCUAUUCCGCCAGCAGGCGCCAGGAGCUGAAUCCGCCGCCGAGCAGUCGAAACCGGUCACAGGCGCCACCGUCUAAAGUUGUGCCUCGAUCAAGGUCGCCGCCGUCCACACCGAUCACUGAGCGCCUGGCGGAGCCGCAGUGCGCCAAGCGGCCACGCCGAGGCGAGCCGGACGCGGCCGAGGCUGCCGUGGAUGGUCGGGAUGAAGGGGAGAAGGCGGUGUCAAUGUUGUCGUCGGCCGACGGGUCGUCCGUGGAGAAUCGGCCGAGCCGCAGCCACUGCAAGCAGCCAGAAACUUCAUCAGCUGCAGUGGAGCAGAGACCUGAUCCUGCAAUCCCGGGGGAUGAGCAGAAGUUGGGUAGUGAGAAGAUGGAUGCAAAGGCCCGGACUGAUCACAAGGAGGGUCCAUCCAGAAGUGCUCGUCGCAAAAAGAUGAAAAGACAGCUCAAGCUGCAGGGCGCAGACGCCGCCGUUGAAUCCUGUGCGUCCAAGCUGCAUGGCUCCCUGGAGCCGCCGCAGCUGGCCGGGAGCCUCCACCGGCAUGUGUCUCUGUGUUCUACCAGCAGGCGCCAGGAACCGAGUCCGCCGCCACGCAGCAGGCGCCGAGCAGAGAAGUCGCCGCCGCCGAAGUCCAAAAUUAGGCCUCGAGCAAGGUCGCCGCCGAUCACUCAGCUCCUAGCGGAGCAGCAGCACACCAAGCGGCCACGCCAAGGCGAGGCGGACACAGCCGUGGAAGGUAAGGAGGAAGGGGAGAAGGCGGUGUCAAUGUUGUCGUCAGUCGAUGGGCCGUCCUUGGAGAAUCGGCCAAGCUACAGCAACUGCAACUGCGAGCAGCCAGAAACUUUAUCAGCUGCAGUGGAGGAGAGACCUGAUCCUGCAAUCCCCGGGGAUGAGCAGAAGUUGGAUAGUGGGAGGAGGGAUGCAAAGACCCAGACUGAUCACAAGGAGGGUCCAUCCAGAAGUGCUCGCCGCAAAAAGAUGAAAAGACAGAUACGGACAGAAUCUGAAAAGGAACUGAGGGAGAUGAAAAAGGAUAAGCUGUUAGAAAACAUUAAAAAGCUGCAAGCUUGCAUCUGGCUUCUUGAGAAGGAAGGUGCAGACACGGCUGAAAUCAUGGAAUUCAGGAGUUUGCUUGAAUCAACGAAGAUGCAGUAUGCGCAGUAUGUGGAGAAUGAGACACAGUUGGCAAAGGAAGGGUCAAGUGCAUCAUCACCUCAGGCGCUAAACAAGGAUAGACCCGAGAAAAUGCAUGUGGAAACUCCUAUAGAGAAGGUUGAGAGAGAUGAGCAAAACUUGGAUUCUGGAAAGGCAGAGGGCAGUAGCCUGAAAGGUUUCAAGGCAGUCUCGAAACAGAACGAAUUAGCGGAGGAGGUGAAUUUUCUUAAGAUUGAACUUGAAGCAGUCAAGCAAGAUCGUGACUAUCAAUUAGCUCAGGUGCAGUCUUUGACGGCUGAAGUAGCUAAGCAGAAAGAAGUUGCAAGAAGAUGUGGGGCUGAGCUAGAGAAUGCCAUGAGGAGAGUUGCUGCCCUCGAGGAAGGAGGCCUGUUGCAAAGGGAGACAAUAAGAACGUUGCAGAUUCAGCUUGCUUCUGCAAAUGAGAAACUAACGGGGCUGCCCUCUUCCACCAAAGAUUGAUGCAAAGCCGAAGGUCUGACUGGAUUGGCAUGUGCUGCAGCAAUGUUGGGGCCUCUUCAUCAACGGUGUUGAUUCGCCCGGCAAUUGAAGGACCGAACACCGGUGCGUAUAACACGAACGAGGUAUCCUGAUGAUGCACAUAUUUGGUUGAUUUUUGCCGACAACAGAAGGGUAGAAGCAGGACAGAAUAGUUGUGUACUAUUUUUUAUUUUGUUUUCUGUUCGCUUGGUUUACUUCUACUAAACCUAAAAGCUCCCUCGGGAAGGGGUGCGCCAUGUAUCUAUCUAGAUAGUUCGGACAGCAGUUGUGCCGAAAGCCCGAAACUAAUGGCGGCACGGUUAGGGUCUAUGAGAUUUAGCCGAUGCCGAUCGAAUGUGAUGUAACUAAGGCAUACUAUAUCACAGCAAUUAUUUGUUUCUGGAA